AUGACUACUGACGCUACAACAAAUCCCUCUGAACCCGCUGUGGAUAUGCAACAGCAAAAGGAGAAGGAACAAGACGCUGCUACCACUUCAUUGGAAGCCCAGAUUGAAGACUUGGAGGUUUCGAAACCCGAAUCCAAAGCUGAUAUUCACGAGGAGCAUCAACAGCAACCACACCAACAGGAUGAAGGGGUAAAAGCAGUAACAGAGCAAGUGGAUGAAGAGAGACUGGAAGCUACAGAGGACAACAAGCAAGAUGGUUCUAGUGAAGGAGAAUCAUCUACACAUACCAGUGAUGAUGAAGGCGAUGGUCCCAAAGAAUUGGGAUUGGUGAUUAGCGCACUACAAUCUACUAUCAAGCAAAAUCAAGAAAGGGCACAACCUAUUGAGCAGGAGAAGCAUGACGGCGAAAAGCCAGAGGAGCAAAAGGAGGGAGAACAACAAGGACUGCGAGAGGAAGGGGAAGAGGAGGAACUUCACAGUAUAGGCAGAUCCAGCGUGGAUGAUAAUAAUUCUGUUACAACGUCCACUACAAACGUGAGUCAAGAAGAAGAGAAGGUGGUUGUGGAGGAUCCCAAUAUGCCUUCCACGUUUGAAGAGAUUGUUCAGGACAUCCUGCCUCCUACACCUGGUGUUGCACCUCAGAGACAAACGUUCGAUUUCGGUGGACGUCCAAGUGAAGAUAUCAGUGACAUUGAUACUUACAGCGCCAACUUGAUUGCACUCAACAAGAUUGAUAUGAAGGAGAUCAAGGCCAACACACUAUCGCCAAGACAACAAGAGAGAGCCGAUGAGCCUGUGCUUCGCGCUAUCCGUCACCUGUUCAACAAUCGAUUCAUGAAGGCGAAAAAGCUGUUUGAGAAGCAAGCUGAAACUGAUCCUUUGCAUGCGUUAGGCCUCGGUUCCAUGGCGUUUUUGAAAGGUAGAUAA